UUUACGUUUUCCUACUUCCGUAGCUGCCUCAAAGCGGUAUAACGUUACUAAUCUAACGUUAAAUAUCCCACAUUUGAGAAGAAACCUCGGUCAUGUUUCUCAUUUCUAUCUUAAGUAUUAGAGCCUGACAGAUAAGUAUUAAUAAGGUCGUUUGCUGUCAAAUACAGGCGCUGUAUCGCGAGUUUUCCUCUUUCAUCGCAGGCUAAGCUAAAGUACGCUAAAGCUAGUGUCGGUCAGCUGCGGUGGUUGGACAUCAUUUAAUAAAUCAUCACCUGAUCCGCAUUUUAGUUCAGUGUUAACUUAGAUAUCUAACAAGGCAGUCAUGGCCACAAGGCGUCUGACCGAUGCCUUCUUGUUAAUGCGGAACAAUGCGAUCCAAAACCGGCAGAUAUUGGCUGAGCAAGUGAGUACAUACGACCCCCGUCUGAGUACACGUAGCAAGGCUGCGGAACUUGAUGAGUUGGCUGAUGAUCGGAUGGCCCUGGUGUCAGGGAUUAGUCUGGAUCCUGAAGCAGCCAUUGGAGUCACCAAGAAACUGCCCCCCAAAUGGAUAGAGGGGGUUGAUGAGAUCCAGUAUGAAAUCACACGGGUUCGGCAGAAGAUGAAGGAUCUGGCCGUACUUCAUGACAAGCAUAUGAAUCGACCCACACUUGAUGACAGUAGUGAGGAAGAGCAUGCCAUAGAAAUCACUACUCAGGAGAUUACACAGAUGUUUCAUCGAUGCCAGCGAGCCGUGACGGGUCUGCAGUCUCGUUGUGGCCACUGUACCGAGCAGGAGGAGAGGCUAUUGAGAAACGUGGUCUCGUCGCUGGCGCAGAGCCUGCAGGAGCUGUCCACCAAUUUCAGGCACACACAGUCCGGCUACCUAAAACGUAUGAAGAAUCGUGAGGAGAGAUCAAAGCACUUUUUCGACUCUGGACCGUUAAUGGAAGAGGAUGAAGAUUUAGCUGUAUAUGACAAGGGGUUCACAGACGACCAGCUGAUGCUGGUUGAACAGAACACAGUUAUGGUGGAAGAACGAGAGAGGGAGAUCCGACAGAUAGUUCAGUCCAUUUCUGAUCUGAAUGAGAUUUUCCGGGACUUGGCUGGAAUGGUGGUGGAACAGGGCACCGUUCUUGACAGAAUUGACUUCAAUGUGGAGCAGUCUUGUGUGAAAACAGAAGAUGGACUGAAACAGUUACAAAAGGCGGAACAGUAUCAGAAGAAAAACAGAAAGAUGCUGGUCAUUUUGAUCCUCUUUGUCAUAGUCCUCGUUCUAAUUAUUAUUCUUUUUGGAACAAAGUUUUAAUCAUGCAUUCCUCUGGCUAUUGUUUUCUGUGUGGGUGUUUGUUGUGCAUCUGUGUGGACUUGGACUCUGUCUCGGUUCUACUUAAAACAAAGCUGACUGCCUUUCAUACCCACCAGAAAACGUCAAGAAGAAUUCCUCGUCCCUUUGCAGGAGCACUUUGGGCUGUGUGGAGAUGUCUUGUGGUUGAUUUUAAUGAAAGAAACAAUCAACAAUCUGUCUGAGCCGUUGCUAUUUUAUCAAGUGACUUGCACCUAAAUCACCAAGUGACAAGAGGUUUUGUCGAACCCGACUAUGUUGACAUGUGUCUUAACAAAAGAAAAACACGUUGUGGUGUGUAAAAAAUGGACUACCAAUGUGUAAAUGCUAAAGCAGAGUUUAUUCUGCUUGAAUCUCAAAGCACGAAUUGUGACGUUUGUUUGUUUGUUGUGAGACGAUGCAUCAUUUCUGUCUAGUAUCAUCGCAAACAUUUAGUUUCUGUGAGGAAGAUGUGACAAGAACGAAUGAUUGUGAAAGAGAAAUGUGCAGUAGAUCAUUUCACUGCAAAUUCAUUUUCAUUCCGACAUUACACAAUAUGUCCCGGCUCAGUAUUUUACCUUGAAAGACUACAAGAAAAUGUUUUGUAUUAGGACAGUACCAAAUAUGGUUAGAAUAGUCAUCCAGUACCAAAUAUAUUCCUUUGGUUUAAGGACCACCUGUUUUAUUAUCCCUUAACUCCACAAUUUAAAAAUAAUACUGAGAUCCUUGUUACUCCAUUGUUGGCGUGAGGAGGAUGUAGACAGCCAUGAGCUUCCUCCAAUUCAUCCUGUAAUUUUAAAAUCACAUCUGUGUCACACCUGCUGCACUUGUCAUGAAAUGCUCCUUUCAAAACACUUAACAGUUUAUGUUUUUAAUGGUCCUUGCUUAAAGUGCUACCUUUUUUAAACUCUUGCAGUUUGCACAUAUUGAGGCCCGAGGGUGGUUGUGUUAUGGAUGUAAUACUACUGUCAUCUGUAUGAUGAAAAGAAUUAUUUAUUUUUUAAUAACUUCAAAUAAUCAAGAGGUUCAGAGGUGUUCUGUCUCAGGCAGAAUUACUGUAUAUUGAGUCAAAUGUAUCUGUAGUCUAAACCCAACAGUUAUUGUCCACUCUGAGAAAACUGUGAUGUAGUCCAACACAAGCAGACGUAUGAAGACAGCAUUAUGAUUUUUUCUUUUCUUUUCUUUUCAGAUUGGACACAUUAAACAUUUUAGUUGGCUGUGUUGGAAUUUCUUUAAAUGUUCUUGUGUCCUAUAAAGACUGACAAGCGGAAAUGAAGAGCUUUAUUCAACAUAUCUGUACUCGGCUCCACACUUUAUACACCUGUUAAAUCAUCUUUGUCAUUGAUGUGAAGUUAUGUGUGAAAAAUGUCUUAGUGGUACUCUACUUAAGUUUUGUUUUCCAAACAAAACGGAUGAGGAGACAGCAACUUUUUUUCUUUUCUUUUUAAAUAAACCUGGAACAUGAUGGUG